AUGACUCACGUCGACAACUUUCCCCACUUCUCCGCCACCUGCUGGGCUGGUUGUAUUCCUGGCACAAGCAUGUGCGAACAGUGUCUUCAUAAUAUCUCAAACCCAUCUGGUUGUGCCGGCUACAUUGCCCAAUCCGACGCAAGAUCUACCGCCCCGCAGGAUGGCGCAUCUAACCAAUUCGGACGAGUUAUCGCAAAUGAAUUUCAGGAUUUUAUGAUCUCCUGCUCUUUUAAUGUGUCUGAGCGCACUUCUUCAGACGGAAGUGCCGCCAGUGUUGGUCUCAAAGGCAAGCCUGACUUCCUCUCAUCCAAGGACGUCACAUUUUCGGAAGUGAUUCAUGAAUAUACCCCACCUACUGUUCCCGAUUCUCCUGGUCGUACUCCGGCACCCAUAGACACCCCGCAACAGUUGUCCUUUUCGCAUCAGCUAGCAUACAUUGACAAAAAAUUGAUCGAAAUAGCUUCCUCCCGGCGAGAUGAUACGCCAACAGAGUACGUGAUGACACCCCGCUCAACAAAACGUCCGCAUCCCUCGGAUUCUUUUGUCGAACUCGAACAAGCGCGUUCAUCGGUAUCCACUUCUUUUCCGGGAAUACUCGCUGUUCCUCGGCGUACCCAUAGCAAGAUUUUGCGAGAGCAAAAAGGCUACACACCUCCCGAGUCUCAGCAAGUUCCCAGCCAGCCCGAUCUCGAGCACGACAAUAAGCGCCGCAAAUUAGGCAAGAACGAGUCUACUGCAUCAGCGCAUACAUUUAUAGCCACCGAACCUGCCUCGCUUCGUAAAGCCAAAUCUCUUGUCGCUGGUGACGUCAAAGAAGUACCUCGCCCCUCUGUCGCGCCUCACUACUCGAAUGCAUUUGUUCCUCCAAUUAUUCUUCCAACUAUUUGGCCGCGAGACGCCGCCAUAGCUCGACUCCAGCAUUUACUCAGAAGAGAAAUGGAUCAGCGCGCCGAGGAUGCCCGCUUACAGAUAGCAUCACUGGAGCGGCGGUCGAAUUCGCUUAAAUUCGAUACGGAAUUGUAUUUCGAUACUACAAAUUGGAUCUUAACGGUACAAGCCCCUACUGACUGCGAGCACAAAUCGAUUCGGCGGCAUUUGCGCUCGCAUCUAGAAACUCGUUUCCAUGCAGUGUUGCUCUUCAGCCGCUAUGCCACUCGCAUGCUGCCCUCGGAUUUUAAUCCGUUUCUGGUCUCGCGACGCGAAGUCGAGAGUAAAUAUCACCGCCGCGUUCGCGAGAGGCUUAUCAAAGAGGUUGCGCUCGGCUGUUUGGCAAUUGCAAGCAAGUUUCAUCGUGAUUUUCUCCCUCCACUUUCGCCCAUGUUGGCCGACCAAUUCCUAGACCUGCUAGGAGAGGAGCACCCUGUUGGUUUUGAUGACUUUGAGCUCAUCCAAAAUACGAUCAUGCGUUCAUUUGGGUACAUAUUGUACCAGCCAACUCCGCAGGCAUACCUCCAAGAGCUUUGGAAUUCCUGCCCAAUGCUUCAGAACAUUCAAGACGGGAACCUGGAGCUUGUGCGGUCCCCACUUCAGACGAAGGCCUUGGACCUGCUCGAGGCAUGUUUCCUCGAAUCCGAUUCGAUUGAUUAUCCCGUUGCGUACCUUACAGCUGCGGCGAUCCUCGAAGCUAUUCAUCUACAGGAAUUGCACUUCCAGUGCCAUGCUCAUUCCUACUCACAUGUUCAAUGGGAGCCACCUAAGGAUUCCAGGUCUUGGGUCUGUGCAGCAUGUGUUCAUCUCGAAAUUUGUACCGCUAUGCAGAUCCACCUUAAUGCUCUCACCAGCUGCAGGGACUGGAUUAUGACUGUCUGGUUGGGAAUUGGGAAGGAAUAA